AUGAUGAAUCCGAGUGAGGAAACUGAGCUCUGCUUUCCACAGCUCCCCAACUCUUCCUGCAGGAUUGCCAAGCGUUCUUCCUCUCUGUCCCUGCUCAUUUACACUCUGCUGUCAUCCAUCUCUUUGCUCACUGUGACCCUGAACCUGCUAGUCAUCAUCUCCAUAUCUCACUUUAAGCAGCUCCACACACCCACCAGCCUCCUCCUCCUCUCUCUGGCUGUCUCCGAUCUCUUCAUUGGCUUCGUCAUGCUUUUUCAGAUUAUGCUCAUAAAUGGCUGCUGGCUCCUGGGUAACCUCAUGUGUGCUUUGUAUUAUCUUAUGGCCUGCAUUGUUACCUCCACCUCCAUAGGAAACAUGGUUCUCAUAUCCAUGGACCGCUAUGUGGCUAUUUGUGACCCUCUGCAAUAUUCCACUAAAAUCACACAAACACGAGUUCAGGUCUGUGUGUGGGUGUUGUGGAUGUGUUCUGCUGUAGUUGGAGUUUUGGGUCUUGACCUGAAGCAUCCAAGCAGGUACAGCAUCUGCUUUGGAGAAUGUGUGUUUGUUAUCGAUUACAUUAAUGGACGCAUUGAUCUGUUUUUGUCCUUCAUCGGUCCAGUCACUGUCAUAAUAAUUUUGUAUAUGAGAGUAUUUAUAAUAGCUGUGUCUCAGGCCCGGGCCAUGCGCUCGCACGUAGUUACAGUCACACAUUCAGUGAGUGUAACUGCUAAGAAAUCAGAAAUUAAAGCAGCCAGAACACUGGGUGUAGUUGUGGUCACAUUUCUAAUAUGUCUCUGUCCAUACUUUAGUGUUACUCUUACAGGCCAGGACACUUUGCUGAAUUCUUCCUCUUCGGCCUUUGUAAUUUGGUUGUUCUCUUUUAACUCCUGUCUAAACCCUGUGAUUUAUGCUUUUUUUUACCCCUGGUUCAGAAAAUCUGUUAAACUAAUUGUUACACUCAGGAUACUGCAGCCUGACUCCUGUGAGACCAACAUAACUUAG